CCCAUUUUCAGUUAGACCUCUCAAUUUAUGUGAUCAAAACAUAGUCGUUGAUAUUUUCUCGAAGUUUUAAGAUUUGCAAAACUCGUCACCAUCUUAUAUGCACAUAUUAUAGAGAUCCAAUUUUUAAUGCUUAGCCGUACAAAAUACAAUGACCCAAACAAGGUAUUAGCGAAGCUAAUGAAGAUUAUCAACCUCACAAUGUGAAUAGAGUCCAUAUAGCAAUUUUCUGAUUGCCCUCGCAACCAAAGUUGGCUCCUUUGCCGUCCAAAGCCACCCGCGCAGCUUACAGGAGUUCUUUAAAUACUUCAAGCAAUCUCCGGAUCCAAAUAGAGGGAGAAGGGGAAGAUGGUGAGCAAAACAGAGGAAGAACAAGUGAACAGAUUGGAAACCCAAGUGGAGAAUGGGGGAGGCGGCGCGUGGGAGUAUCUCUGCCUCGUCAGAAAGCUCAAGCUUCGCCGGUCGGACAAGGUCCUGAAGUACGGCUGCUCGAUUCUUAAUGACUCCAAAAAGCGAUCUGCACUUGGCCCAGAAGAAUGGACUUUAUAUGAGCAAGUUGCUGUUGCAGCUAUGGACUGCCAACGUCUUGAUUUGGCUAAGGAAUAUGUCAAGGUCUUACAGAAGAAAUUUCCUGAGAGUAAACGAGUUGGUAGGCUUGAAGCAAUGUCGCUUGAAGCUCAAGGAAAGUUGGCAGAGGCUGAAAAGGCUUACUCAAGCUUGUUAGAGGAAAAUCAAUUUGAUCAGGUAAUACACAAAAGAAGGGUGGCUAUUGCAAAGGCUGAAGGGAAUCUUUCACAAGCAAUCGAAUGGUUAAAGAAGUAUCUUGAAAUAUUCAUGGCUGAUCAUGAUGCAUGGAGAGAGCUAGCUGAAAUUUACAUCUCUCUGCAAAUGUAUAAGCAAGCUGCCUUCUGUUAUGAGGAACUGAUCUUAUCUCAGCCAACCAUUCCAUUAUAUCAUCUCGCCUAUGCUGAUGUGCUAUAUACACUUGGAGGACUCGAAAAUCUUCAUGCAGCGAAGAAAUAUUAUGCAGCAACCAUAGACUUAACCGGUGGCAAGAAUGUUCGAGCUCUUCUUGGCAUAUGCUUAUGUGUUUCUGCUAUCAGCCAGCUGGCAAAAGGGCGUAACAAAGAAGAUAAAGAAAGCUCGGAACUGCAAUCCCUCUCAGCAAAAGCACUGGAGAAAAUCUACAAGCAGCAAUCACCGGCCAAAGUUUCCCUUUUGAGCUCCAUGUUGAGAAGUUUGAAAGUCUAAUCUAUAUUAUUUGGUUUCACCAAGAAUACUUAAAUUUUUGUUUCAGCAAAAACUAAUUUUUUGACUAAAGAUGAGAUAUUUUGAGCUCAGUGUUUAUGUUACAUUGACCUGAAGUGAAUGUUUUACAUUAAUGUGAUGAUGUUUAUUUUGAAUUUUUAAAUAAAUUUGUUGAAAAUUUUUAUUUCAAUUAGUUUAUGAGUUAAUUUUACCAAACAUUUUUAUCAUAUGAGUUAAUUUU